AUCUGAAGUACAUUACCGCACAGACAUUUGAAUUGCAUUCGUUCUUAUCAUUCUUCUGAUAACUUAAGGUACUGCUCUGGAAGAGACCAUUGCAAUAUCUUUUCACAGCUGGUAUUAAUGAUUCGAUAAUACCACCCACAACAAGAAGGUCCAAUAUCUGGAAGCACAACACUAACAGUACACAUUACGUACCCCUGUACCCCUUGAAAAUGGCUAGUCGUCAAAGAAAGUGCUCGUUAGCCAUCGAGUCUCCUGACUCUACAAGCUCAAACAACCCUCUCAAUGCAUUUCUUGUCUACCAGGAAAGCUCUAACGAGCUGGCUAUUGCCGACUCGACAGACCUGGUUCAUCUCAUGAAGUCACACUCCUGGCCCAACUUAAACAAUGAAGACUUUGUCGUCACCAACAGAAGAGUAUCGCUCUGCGAUCUCAACAACUUUAACGACGAGUUGCAGCAUUUAACCAGACGUAACUCAACUAACAGUGCACAAGCUCCUACGCAUCUCGCACAAUCUACACUGAACCUUCUUGAGGAUCUGGUCGAAAGCCCCUUUGGUGAUUUCUACUCUUACUCGUUCGAACCCAGGACUAUAACAACACCUAGAGCAAGAAAGAAGAGUGACACCAGCUGUAGAAACCACUUUCGUCGUAACUCCAUAGCCUUGAAGUUCGAGAACCCCAAGGUCAUAGACUAAACAGCUUGCUGCGGCAGCUGGUCCAUAUUUGCAUAUACUUACUGGUCUUGGUUGGAAUUCUACGGUUAUUUUAAUCCUACAAAUAAUAAUAUCCUACUUUGAUAGUCAUAUUUGUUACGACUAUUUCAUUUCUCUUUGAGACUAGGACACCUAGUUCAGAUGGUUAUGCUGUGGAAUUUGCAUACCUCAUAUAUAAUUUAUAGUAUUCCAUAGCUAAGGAAGUUGAUAGAGUCUAGGAAUGACGAUGCUAUUUUGAAUGAAUAUAUGUUUUCACAUU